GUGACACUUUCAGCCAAUCAACGUUCUCGACUUUUGCGAGCGUGUUUUGCUUGAACUGAAAUGUCAUUUGGCAUUGUGUUGUGUAUUCAGACGAACAUACAGACAACAUACAGACAUACAGACAAACAUACAGACAAAAUUCAUAUAGAAAAUGUCGAUCAACGAUAUUUUAUUAAUAGAGUGUGUGCGAGCGCAUCCCGAAAUAUAUAAUAAAGGACAUGCAGGAUUCAAGAAUAUCGGAAUAAAAGAGUCUGCAUGGAAAAUUGUGGCCGAAACAGCCAAUGGUAGGUUAUUCAUCCUUUUUGAUUGAUUUAUAUGAACUUAAAGUUCAUAUAGAUUUUUUUUCAUGAUUUUAGCACCAGUAAAAGAUUGUAUAGCCAGGUGGCAAACCCUUCGCGAGAGGUUCACAAAAGAGAAGCGUAUUCUUGAGCAGGAGAGGAGGUCUGGAGCAGCAGCCUCAACCCGUCCAGAAUGGCCAACAUAUAGUGCUAUGUCAUUUCUGACACCUCAUAUUAGGAAAAGGAAAUCUGUGGACAAUUUCCCACCAAUGUCGUCGGUACUUAUAUCUUCAGCAAGGUUAUCAUGCAGAGAUGAAGAGAUGUCGCUUCUACCGUCAUUGGCCGAAUCCUCAGAUAAUGUCGAAAUAUUAGAGGAGCAGACUGUAGAUGAUCUUAGUGCUCCAGUUAAUGUUCCAUUUGCUACUUACUCUGCCCUCCCAUCAUCUUCAUCUGGAUCAUCAACAGCUGCAAGCAUGCUGUACUUAGGACCUACAGGUCGAUUUGCUCCUCCUAUACCAUCACUACCUUCAAUCGACAUUAAUGAUCCAGAUGUCUCAAUUGGUAAGAAUGUUGAAUCUUGCCUCAAGAAUUUAAAAAAUAUCGCACUAAAAUUGAAGUACAGGAAGAAAUUUAGAUCCAUCAUUCAAAAUUGCGAGGAGGAGGCUGAAGAUUUAAAAAUAACAAAUUAA